AGCAGCUUCCUGGUUUAGGAAGCUGAAGAAAACAACCGCCCGCUCUGACGCGGCGGAGCGCGAGCCCCCGAGCGUAGAACGCACGCGAACAGAACGGUGUCGAGGAUUCAAAAACAAACGCUCUUUUCCGUUAUUUGUGCCUUUUUAACGGCUGAUCGGCGCUUUCCGGGCCGAACCGCGGACGGUACGGCGAUGGUGACCUGCUAGUGGAAGGCACAGCAGCCGUGAGGCGAAGGCGAAGGCUGCCCGCCAGACGCCCUAAGCUAGGUGGCUUUCCCGGGCGGGCCACCGAUGGGUCCGCCAGGCUGGAGGUGGGUCUGGAGCCGGGCCUGGUGCCAGGACGCCGAGGUGGAGCCCGAACGCGAGCGGCUGUGGGCCGAGCUGUUCGAGGAGCUCGACUUGAACAAGGACGGGCGGAUCGACAUUGCGGAGCUGAGGACGGGGCUCGCAGCGCGGGGGCUGCUUCCUAACACCUCCGUGGAAGAGCAGAUUGUUCGAGCGGGGGACACUAAUCAGGAUGGCCAGCUGGACUUUGAGGAGUUCACGCAGUACUUGCGCGCACAUGAGAAACGCCUUAAACUCAUGUUCAGCAGCCUGGACCGCAACAACGAUGGUCAGAUAGACGUCGGUGAGAUCCAGCUGUCACUACACGCUGUAGGAGUGGAUGUUACUCUUGAAGAAGCGUCCAAAAUCCUCCAAAGCAUGGAUAAAGACGGCACUAUGACCAUCGACUGGGUGGAGUGGCGCGACCAUUUCCUUUUUAACCCACUGCACAGCAUGGAGGACAUCGCUCACUACUGGAAACGCUCUGUGAUCUUGGACAUUGGAGAGCACCUGACGGUUCCUGAUGAGUUCUCAGAGAAGGAGCGAAAGUCAGGGUUUGUGUGGAGGCAGCUGAUGGCCGGAGCAAUGGCUGGAUCUGUGUCCAGAACAGGCACAGCUCCUCUGGACCGACUCAAAGUCUUCCUACAGGUUCAUGGUCAGAGCUCUGAUAAGGGCAGCGUAUGGAAAGGUUUAAAGGACAUGGUGAAGGAGGGUGGGCUCAGAGCCCUUUGGAGGGGAAACGGAAUUAAUGUACUCAAAAUUGCCCCAGAAACGGCCAUCAAGUUCCUCGCGUAUGAACAGAUUAAGAGGCUGAUGCAUGGCAGUAAGGAUGGAGGCAGUCUGAAAGUGCAGGAGAGGUUCAUCGCUGGAUCACUAGCAGGAGCCACUGCACAGACUAUUAUAUAUCCUAUGGAGGUGCUAAAGACUCGUCUGACACUGCGCAAAACUGGUCAGUACUCAAGUGUGGUGGACUGUGCUCGGCAGAUCCUCAAGAAAGAGGGCAUGCAAGCGUUCUAUAAGGGCUACACCCCCAACAUACUGGGCAUCAUCCCCUACGCAGGCAUCGACCUGGCCGUCUAUGAGACUCUGAAGAACACGUGGUUGCAGAGACACAGGGGUGAUUCCACUGAUCCAGGUGUUUUGGUGCUGGUAGGCUGUGGAACAGUUUCGAGCACCUGUGGCCAACUAGCCUCCUACCCGCUCGCCCUUAUACGCACACGGAUGCAGGCUCAGGCCUCAGUGAAGGGAGCUCCUCAGCUCUCCAUGCUGUCUCUGUUCCGCAGCAUCGUGGCUCAGGAGGGCGUGGUGGGGCUUUACCGCGGAAUCGCCCCAAACUUCCUUAAGGUCAUCCCUGCCGUCAGCAUCUCCUACGUGGUAUACGAACAUAUGAGGAAAGUACUGGGGGUGGGAGAAAGAUAGAGAGAGAGAGAGAGAGAGAGAGAGAGAGAGAGACAGAUUGAUGCAGGUGUAAACAUUUACUUCAUAGACACUGAAAAGAGAGACAUUAUUAUUAGUCAUCAUUUCACUCCUUACAUUAGUGGAUGGACAGAGGAUGGAAUGAUAAAAUAAGGAAUAAGAA